UUUAUUCCAAUGCCCACUUUUUCUCUACAAGCUUUUAUUUUCGUUAGCAGACAAAAUACAAAGGCAAUUAGAGUAUGUGAAUGAGUGGUUAACAGCGUUUGUUACUAAGGCAAUUAACUCACCAAUAUCUUAUUUUUCUAAGCAAAAUAACAUGGUUAUAUUGGCUAAUUGAUCACUAUUAACAACUGAUUUAGACAUCAGUACUAAUCGAGAGGAUGGGGAAGUGAUGGCUAUUAAUCCAAAGUGGGGCUGGGAUGUGAUGGGGUGCUUCCAUUCUAAACCCCGUUUUUGAGACACUUGGCUUGGUCUAAGACUUGUUAUUUUCAGCAUCAUUAAUACGUCAUGUAAGUGUGAGCAAGUUUAAAACUAGAGUUUUUAACUGCUGUAUAAACAAGGGAAGAAAAGAACCAAAAUCUACCUUUCUAGCAAUGAUUGCAAAAGCAGCAGAACUUUCUUUGAGACUUCAAGGAUCGCAACAAAAAAGAAGCCCCUCUUUGUCUUCAACUUGCCUUUCUUCUCGGGAACAGAAAAGUUUUGGGGUUCAAUCUCACAUCUUAUAUAAUGAAAUUUGGGCUAUAAUGGUGGUCUCCAACAAUAGGUAUUACUGUAUUAUUACCUCAUAGGGAUAAGGUUGCUUGAAGCAUGUUGUGACCAGUUUAGCUUUAAGCAUACAAGCAGUGGUGCCAAAUAGAUAACCUUUUACUUGUUUUGAUUCACCAACAAAAAUAAAAACCAUGAAAAAUGGAAUGACUUUUUUAUCAGGCAUAGGCAUUCAAAGCUUCUAAAUCCUCCUUUUUCUACACAGUUUCUUGUCAGUGGCCUACCAGAGAAAGUUAUUUGGAUCAGAUAAUCCCAAAAAUGAAGAAACCAGUCUCUCUCAUAUGUUCGCAAUGCACCGUUCUUCUUCUCAUCAAGUUCCUGUUGCUAUCAGAGAUUGCAAUGGCAGAACCAAGGGCCAAGACAGUCCUAAUAACAUGUGGCCAUGAACUAGAGCACAACACUACUAUCUUUGUUCCAAAUUUUGUUGCAACUAUGGAGAAGAUCAGUGAUGAGAUGCGCAAAACUGGCUUUGGCACAGCAGUUGUAGGGACAGGACCUGAUACUAACUAUGGCCUGGCCCAGUGUUAUGGAGAUCUUUCAUUACUUGACUGUGUAUUAUGCUAUGCUGAGGCACGCACGGUUCUUCCUCAGUGCUUCCCUUAUAAUUCUGGUCGCAUUUUCCUUGAUGGUUGCUUCAUGAGGGCUGAGAAUUAUAGUUUCUUUGAUGAGUAUAAGGGACCAGGAGACAGAGCUGUAUGUGGGAACACAACCAAGAAGAAUUCAAGUUUUCAAGCAGCAGCAAAGCAGGCAGUUUUGAAAGCAGUUCAAGAAGCACCCAACAACAAAGGAUAUGCCAGAGGGAAUGUUGCUGUAGCAGGAACAACUAACCAAUCUGUUUAUGUUCUGGCUGAUUGUUGGAGGACUCUGGACCAAAGUUCUUGCAAAGCAUGUCUUGAGAAUGCAUCUUCUUCCAUAUUGGGAUGUUUUCCCUGGUCAGAAGGGAGAGCGCUCAACACCGGCUGCUUCAUGAGGUACUCAGACACAGAUUUUCUUAACAAGGAGCAGGAAAAUGGGAGUUCAAGAGGUAAUGUGGUAGUGAUAGUGGUUGCGGUUGUCAGUUCGGUGAUUGUUUCGGUGGUUGGAGUAACUAUUGGAGUUUAUAUGUGGAAACAAAGAUACAUUCAAAAGAAACGGAGAGGAUCAAAUGAUUCAGAAAAGCUAGCAAAAACACUUCAGAACAAGAGCUUGAACUUCAAGUACUCUACAUUGGAAAAGGCAACAGAAUCUUUUCAUGAAAAUAACAAGUUAGGGCAAGGAGGAUUUGGAACAGUUUAUAAAGGAGUUCUAGCUGACGGGAGAGAGAUUGCUAUCAAGAGGUUAUAUUUCAAUAACAGACAUAGAGCAGCAAAUUUCUACAACGAAGUCAACAUAAUUAGUAGCGUGGAACAUAAGAAUCUAGUCAGACUGUUAGGAUGCAGUUGUUCAGGACCUGAAAGCCUGCUUGUAUAUGAAUUUCUACCCAACAAAAGUCUUGAUCGCUUCAUUUUUGAUAAAAACAAGGGCAAAGAAUUGAACUGGGAAAAGAGAUAUGAAAUUAUCAUUGGGACAGUCGAAGGAUUAGUUUACCUGCAUGAGAACUCCAAAACAAGGAUAAUUCACAGAGAUAUAAAAGCCAGCAACAUCCUAUUGGAUGCAAAGUUUCGUGCUAAAAUUGCAGAUUUUGGUUUGGCCAGGUCCUUUCAAGAGGACGAGAGCCACAUUAGUACAGCUAUUGCAGGAACAUUGGGGUAUAUGGCUCCCGAGUACUUAGCUCAUGGUCAGUUAACAGAAAAGGCAGACGUAUACAGUUUUGGGGUGUUGCUGCUAGAGAUAGUUACUGGUAGACAGAACAACAGGAGCAAAGCAUUAGAGUAUUCAGACAGCUUAGUUACAGUGGCAUGGAAGCAUUUCCAGGCAGGAACUGCUGAACAAUUAUUUGAUCCAAAUCUAGAGUGGCAGGACGAGCACAAAAGCAAUAUUAAGGAUGAGAUUUUAAGAGUGGUUCACAUAGGACUUCUAUGCACCCAAGAGGUCCCUUCAUUACGACCAAUCAUGUCAAAGACACUACAGAUGCUAACAAAGAAGGAGGAGCAUCUUGUUGCUCCCUCUAAUCCACCCUUCCUAGAUGAGUUUACUAUGGAACUUCACGACACAAGUGGUGACCCAUUUUAUCCCCUUAAUGCAGCAGCUGAUUCAAUUGCUACUAUGUCCCAUAGCUCUUUUUAUCCCAGGUGACCAUGGGAAUGCAGAGAAAACCACUACACACAGUAUGUAUGCAGCACAGCUUGUGAUUGGCAACUUACUUGGUCUAGAUCCGACAUACUACUACACUGAAGGUUGCAAACGAAGCAUAUGUACCAUUGCUAUUUGAAAUACAUACUUCAGAAAAGGGGAGCUUUUAAGUCAAUUUCCAAUACCGUUACGGGAAGCAAACAAUUCAUACUGUAUAGUUCCAAGAUUAUAUAAUUAAUUAUUGUACAAUUUGACGUUAAUCUGAUAUUUGUAACAGCACAUAAAUAAAUAAAUAAAGCAAAGAUUAUAAGCUUUUACUAUUAUGCUCUUUAA